AUGAGCGAUGUGCUUCAUGUCCCUAUCACCAGUUCAUGGACCAAUGGAAUGAUGAGAGAAAGGAGGUUGAGAACGAAGUCAACAAAAAAUAUGCUCAGCGGACGUCUAGAUCCCAUGCACGUGGGCCCGGGUCGCGGUCCUGAUAGCAUGAGUCAUCAAAGAGUCAAGGAGAGAUGGGUAGAACAAGGCAUAUGGAGAGACAACUGGAGUGAAAUCCCUAAAUAUGACUGGAAGCACGAAGAGCCUCCCGAGUCUGAUUCGUGUUCUGAUUCGGAAAUCGAAUCUGAGACGCCGGCUUGUGCUGCUCCAUUUUCUUUCAGCUCGAAUCCUCCACGACCGCGACCGCGACCACGACCACGACCAAAUAAACCCGACCAAGAAAUUUGGGAAGCCGCUGAGCGGCGAGAAAUAAGGAGAGGCAUCCGUGAGAAAGAGAGAAACGCCUCCCGUCCGUUCGAGCAGUUCCUCUACCAGCUGCGAAGAGAGAGUAAACAACUCGAGACCCAUUCAAGAGAUACUGUGACCAUGAAUCUCGAUAUUAAUGCAUUGGCCUUCCAAAAUGUCCAACGAGCCUGGGUCAAACGGGCCAUCUGGGAUGAUGAAUGGCGUGAAUUUCCUGGGAUGUCGUGGAAAUAUGAACGACCUCUGGUAAUGCCGCCCACCCGUGAUCCUUCGCCGGACCAUGCGCAAUCUGUCGAGAAUCAACUUGAGCCAAGGAUAAUACCCACAUACGGAUUUGGUCAUGUGGAUGCCCAUGUAUCACAUAGCCAGGAAAUGCAGACACCGUUGGAGAAUGGUAUUGCGGGGACUAUUGAGCCACGGAAUUCUUCAGCAGCAGCGCCUCCACAUGCACGAAUGAUUGAAAGCAUAGAGAAUGAACAGCAUGAUGCUGCAGAGAAUCACCUGGAACAUGAUUCAUCUCGCAUAAGGGACAAAUCAAGUUCGAGCCUCCCGUCAAACCCAGCCGCGGCUGUAUCUCCGCAGAGAUCGAACGUGGAUCAAAAUGCUGCCACUGGAUUCGCAUCCAACACCAUUGCUGUACUGCCUGACCGGAAGAUUGCAAUAGUUGAAGAAGACCCAGUUAGCUCCCCCCCCCCCCCCCCCCCGGAGGAGCCAACGACUCAAGGACAAGGCUAA